CUCAACCAACGAAGCCUCAGAAACAUCGCAGACGCUGAACGGCAUUCCGCCUUCCAAUCCGGCCCGCCACCACCCUCCGCCGCGGCGAUAGCCGGUUAUUUUACGAUCCACAGACGGUGAAUCAUAUUCAUUUCCUGAUUUGCCGAUUAAUUUGGGCUUGUAUGUCGGGUGCAAACCAGAUGGCUAAUUCUAUUGUGAGAUCAUUUUUAAGAUUCCCAAGCUAUAGCAUUUGCAGUUUCACAAAGCCUGCCUCUGCUUGCUCUCGGUGGUAUCGUAAUAACAAUUAUCGAACUUACACAAGUUUCCGCUUGGUUGAAAAAGCAUAUAAAAGAGGGUUUUCAGGUGGAGUUAUUAAUGUGGAGGUGUUCUCCGCAAACUACAGUUGUGCUUCUUCGAGUAGUAACAGUAAUAGCAACACUUGUGAGACUGUUGGUGGUAAAGAGUACCUAUCGAUGACAGACGAUAAGCUAAUGAGCCAGUGUGAGAUGGAUACUUAUAAGGUAUCGGGUCCAGGUGGACAGCACCGCAACAAACGUGAGUCGGCUGUGCGUCUUAAGCAUCUGCCAACUGGCAUUACAGCUCAGGCUUCGGAGGAUAGAUCACAGCACAGAAAUCGAGCCGCAGCCCUUGCUCGACUCCGGACAUUUUUAGCUCUUAAAGUUAGGAACAGUGUUGAUCUUGAUAAUUACGUACCUCCUCCAGAACUUGUUCAGAUUCUUCCUGCAAAGUCGACUAUAAGAGGAUCGGAAAAAGGCUCUCAGAUUGGACCUAAUAAUCCUAAAUUUGCUCUGGGAAUGCAGGCUUUGAUUGACCUGAUCUUUGCGGUUGAGGGUUCUGUUGCAGACGCUGCAAAGAAGUUAGGUUUGAGCACUGGAGCUUUAUCACGGUUGAUACUAUCUGAUGAUUCUCUUAGAAUGGCAGUGAACGAGUACAGGGCUGCUAAGGGUGUGAAGCCCCUGAAGUAGGAUCUUUACCGGGGGCAGUUCGAUAUUUCAGAAACUUUCCGUUCAAGGUUUUGCUAUCAGCGUCUUGAUCAUGAUAGCAACAGGAAGUCGACAUAUUAAGUACAGAAACGGGCCGUCUUAUUUCCAGUUAGACUCUAUAGCUUGAAAAUAUAUUGACAAGGAAAUCGAUUUUGAAGACCUCAACUGCUGAUAAAUCAUUAUAACUUGUAAAACAGGUUCACUUUUCACAGUUGCGAUUUUACCUUACUACGUGGCAGUGAAUAACAAUUUCAUAAUUUUGCAAUAGAUUCUCUAUUUAUUUCUCAUAA